CAGUUAUGGUUUGUUGUUCUUUGUCAUUCAGGUACAACCGAGAUGACAGCUUUACAUUUAUAAUUUGUUACUUUGACUGAGUUAAGUAAAAUCUAGAAAUCCCUGAACGUUAACCAAAUGACUUUACAUUGACCAGUUAACUCAAUCACAUUUUGUAAACCCUCGGUGAGGAAUUGAAGGAAACUUUUGCGUGAUUUUUCAACGAUGCACACGGCAAGAGCAAAGGGUGCAAAAAAGUUGUCCAGUGGUGUUGAGAAAACCCUGUCACGUAAAACACCGACACGCAAAAACACUUACCGGGUAGGAUAUACUUGGAACCGCGGAGGCAGACUUAAAGAACUGAGGAUAAGGCACCUGGCUCGAAAGUUCCUUCACCUUUGGAUACAAAAGACGUUUGGACGAAUAACAACAUCACAAGCCAGAUCUCACUACCGUAAAGUGGUCUUAAAAAAAACAUUAGGAGCUUGGAAAGAUGAGUGGUGGCAAGCAAGAAGGGAAUGGACACUCAACAUUAGAGCUGGCUGUCAUUAUAUGUAUAUGCUAUAUAGCAAAACAUUUCAGGCCUGGCAGAAACAUGUGGCUGUGCAGAGAGAAGAAAAAAAGAAACUACAGCUCGCAAUCCACUUUGAGAUGAGACACAAACUGUGUCAUGUGUUGAAUGGCUGGGAGAUGUAUGUGGACAUGUGUCGCAUGAAACACAAGAUGCGAGAGACAGCAGAACGGCACAAAAGACUUGCUGUACAGAAGUGGGUUUGGAUGGGUUGGCAUGCUGCCCUACAGCACAGGGAUGUGGAGUACCAUCAAGAAGAUCUCGCCUUACAACACUGGGCUCACACAGUACAAAGCAGAGCAUGGGAGAACUGGAGAGAGAGGAUAAAACAUGCAUGUGCUCUGAAGGAAAAAGAGUCCAAAGCUCAUCAUCACUAUUGCCAUCAGUUGCAAAAACAUGCCUUGCAUGGAUGGAUUAGACACAUACAGAACAGGCAGGAUAAGAACAAGAGAACAGCGGUUGCUCAGGAUGCAUGGUGUAUCUCAGUGCUGAAGAAGUAUUGGUGUGUGUGGCACAAGGUUCUUCAAUCCAGGCAUGCUGAGAAGGAGAGAGACCAGAAAGCAGACAUACUGGCACAGCACGGAUCCCAACGUCUGGUUCUCGCACACUGGAAACAAUAUGUUAGUCUGUGCUCACAAAAGGCUAAGAAGGAAAAGGUUGCCUUGCAAUACCGUCAUUUCAGUCUUUUGCGUUUGGGGUUGAAAGGCUUGGCCCUAAAUGUCACACAGAGUAAAACUUGGCGCAUCAACAAAAAUAUUAGUGUCCAGCAUCAUCAUCACAUUUUGUUGGUGAGAUGUUGGAAAGCGUGGCAGCUGCGUCUGGAUCAGGCGGAAGAUCAAAGCUUACAGCCUAAGAUGAGCAUUGCACAAACUCGUCACAAGAUCUCUGUGUUGAGAGUUUGCCUUUAUCAUUGGAAAGAUCGGCUUAUGCAGCAUAAACAGAUGCAGGAUUUGGAUUCACGUGCUGACGCUUGCUUUGCCAGACGUGCUCUCCCACAAUGUAUAAACUCUUGGAUGGAGUUUACAGCACAACGGGCAGAGAAACGACAAAGAAAAGAUGCUGCCAAACAACAUUACAAGCAACAGACUUGUGGUUCUGCAUUUUACACCUGGUGGAGAAAUCUGGAGCUACAGAGAGAUCACAGACUAGCCGAAAGAACUGCUAUCUUGCAUAACGAGUAUACGUGUGUUGCUCACGCCUGGUCUAAGUGGUCUGACAGAGCUAUACAGCGCAGAGAAGAGAGAUCCAAACAUGAACAAGCGAACUCGCUUUACACGCAAACUCUGCUACGCAAGGCUCUGAAACAAUGGGGAAAUGUUGUCACAACCGUACAGAUCAGUCAGAGACAUUUCGAGCAGGCAGAGGGUCAUGAUAAACAACAGUGUCUUAGGAGAGCCAUGACGGACUGGCAUCAGUAUGUAGAUCACAGAAGACAGAAGGGGAAAAGAUUUGCACAAAUGGAGGAACAUUUUCAAAGCAGACUGCUCAGAAAUACUCUAGAAGGUUGGAGGCGGUAUCAUUCGCAGACUCAGUUGAUCAAACAAGAUGUGGAAUGCCGCUACAAGGAACAUCAGCAGCACCUACUCAGAAAAAUGUUCUGUCUGUGGAAAGCAAACGUGUCACAUUUGAUGGAGGAGAAAAAGAAGGAAAUCAAAGUGCAGUGCUUCUAUCAAAACAACCUUUUGUCUCAGGUGUUUCUGGCAUGGCGACAGAAAACAGUAACUGCAAUUCUGCACCGCCACCAACAGGAGGAAGCGCUGAGACAAGCACAGACACAUCUGAAUAAAUUGCGCACACAGGUGGUUUUGAGGAGAUGGAGAGAACGUAGCAGGGAGGUGAAGAGUGAAAGAUUGGCGAAUGAGAGAGCAAGAAGACACUACAGCAGAACCCUGGGUAAAAGAGUCCUGAGCACAUGGAGGAUUUAUAUUGACCAUCACAAAAACUAUCAGGUCAUGAAAGACAGAAGCUUUGAGAUUCGCAGAUUGAGGAUUUGUGAGCGCUUUUUUGUCUCCUGGAAGACAAAGCUGCAGAGCAGAAGAAGAGAGGCGGAGCUAACAGAGACCUCGCUGUGGCAUUGGUCUCUUAACCUGCAGGGCAAGGUGUUUUCCGCGUGGCGGCUCUGGAUUGCAGACCGUCACAGGAAGCAAAAGCGAUUGGCAGAGGCAGCACAGUUUUACAGGGAUGAACUGUUGAGAGAGGGUGUCACACACAUCCUCACGCACACGGCACACAUGAGCGCUUUCUCAACAAAUAUGGCCAUGCACAGCUUUGAACAGAGUUGUCGGAGGAUACAGGAAGUGGUAAGGCGGUGUGCCAUAAGAUGGAAGCAGAAGGCACUGUGUAAGCCUACCGAAAGUAAAACUAUAGUGUCCAAAGACAGCCACCCCAAGAAGAGUGUGUCUUUCUUUCUGCUUGAGGACCAAACCCCUAGUCCCGCCCCCUGCCCAAUCAGGACCCAAGCAGCAGAGGGGAACCAAAAAGACUCAAUCAUCAACCAGCUGUUGCUGGUUCGAGCAGCUAGACUACAACCAAGGAGACCAGAUGAUCUUCACCAGUCCCCAGCCAAACUUCUGCUACAGCACUCCAAGAUCAAAAGUAGUCAGAGGUCAUCUGUAGGAGGGAAAGAGUUUGCCUCACUCUCUUCAAAGAAUUCUCCUUUUCUCACUUCAUUUAUCUCAGUCCCUGUUACCCAUAAUCCACUGGAGCCACAUACAUCAGCACUAAACCCUAAAAUCAUGCCCCUCAAAACUGAUCCUCCAGGAUAUAUUGUUACUACCAGCCAUGACAUACUGCUGCCUCCUUCUUCAUUUACUGUCAGGAAAAUACAUGGCAAGAAAACAAGUUUAAGCAAUAUGGAACCUUCACUUGGAUCUGGAUUUUUGACUCCAAAAGGUGUAUAUAAAAGAGCACCAGAGGAAGAGGAGAACGAGGAAGAAGAGGCUUUGGAUUUAGAAAUAGACUCAGAGCAAACUCAAAACCUCACUAAAGAGCUGUUAGAUAUUAGAAUGGAAAUGCAAAGAUAUCAACAAGACAGAAAACAGCUACAUGCAUGGCGUCAGCUCCAGAAGGUCUUGAGAAACUGGCUCCAAACAACAGGCAUUGAGGGAGAACCCGAGGAAAGAGAAAACAUAUUAAAGGAAUUAAAUGAGCUUGAGAGGCGCAUUUCUUCUCUGUCUGUGAAACUAAACAAGCAGAAGCCCACUAUGAUCUGCCAUGCUGCAAGAGUUGACACAAUCAAGAUUCAACUACUACCGCCAAUGGUUAACACAUAGACAUGGCGUUAUACCACCAGUAUGCCAUACAACAAACAGUCCCAACUGUGUGGCAGAAAUACAAAACGUCUCAACUUGUUCUGUAUGUAUAGAUCCAUAUCAAGUUGAAAUAUGUGGUUAUUGUGCAUUCUAUCAGCAUUCGAUGGCAACUAUAUCCAAGAACAACUUUCUAUUUUUUAUUGUACUUGGGCGAUCUUAUUUGGGGAAAAUUGAGGUAUUUAUUUGUUCUAUAAUCGUGUGUUAUUUAUUUUGUUUAAACUGUUGUAAAAUGUGUUCCUUUUUUAACAAAUCAUUAAAAAUAUAUUUGAACUGUAAAA